AUGGUCUCAUUCUCUUGGUUCGUCGCAGCUGGCUUGUCCCUCCUCGCCAAUCUCGCCUAUGGAGCUACCCCGGAUUACUGCAUUCCCCUCGAGAGUGGAACAGGGCAGUUCGRGGCAGGAUUCUAUUAUAUCGAUCUAUCCCAGGACUGCAUAAACGCCGGCAUCGGCGACCAGUGCUGCAUGAUAUUUCCGAAAAGUAACUACCCUAACUCGGUCUGGACAGAGGACGAUCGAAAUGACCUGUUAUACGUUAUCUCCGAACAGUCGACGAAGACGGGAAGGUUUAAGGACACGUCUAAGGGAAGAUGGAGGGCGCAUUGGAAUUUAGUGGUUUUUGCAGCAAACGACUUAAUUCCGAGUGAACUUCUCCAAGUCUGGUUCCACACGAUUCAGGGCUUUAAAUUGGAGGAGACUAAUGCUAUUCACGAUAUCGUGUUGAACUUCGCUGGAAACGGUAUUAGCAACUACAUGACGAUCAAAAACUACGAUUGA